AUGCCCGGCAUGCUGCCCCGGACACUGCCCGCCUCCCUCGGGCGGGGCUGCCUGGGCCGCUGGCUGCUCGCCACUCGCGGGUGGGCGCUGCUGGGCCCCGGAGCCGGGUCCUGCUCCUGCUCCUGUUCCUGCUCCUGCUCCUGCCUGAGGUGGCGGCGCCAGCCCCCGCUUCUGCUCAGGGCCGCCCGCCAGAGCAUCGGGACGCAGGCGGGAGGGCUGAAAGCUGCAAAACCUGGCGGUAAUAGCAAAGAUGUGUCCGUGCAAAGGGCUCUGAACGAGGAAACGCUGGUGUCGGCGGCUCAGAAAGUGAAAGAAGCUGGAAGAGACUUUACCUAUUUUAUUGUGGUGCUUGUUGGAAUUGGUGUUACAGGUGGUUUGUUCUAUGUGAUUUUUAAAGAGCUGUUCUCUUCUUCUAGUCCAAAUAAGAUCUAUGGAGAUGCCUUGGAGAAAUGCAGAUCUCACCCCGAGAUAAUUGGUGUUUUUGGUGAUUCUAUCAAAGGUUAUGGAGAGGCAACAAGAAGAGGAAGACGACAGCAUGUCAGUCACAUUGAAUACGUAAAGGACGGACUGAAACAUAUGCGUUUGAAGUUCUAUAUUGAGGGCACUGAAUCAGGGAAACAGGGAACAGUCCAUGUGGAAGUCAAAGAGAAUCUUGAAACAGGAAGAUUUGAGGUUCGCUACAUAUUUGUGGAUGUUGAGACCUAUCCAAGAAGAACCAUUGUCAUAGAGGACAACAGAUAGCCCACAAUCAAAGCUGCUGCCUUAUCUCACAUUGGAUAAUGUUGUUGUAGCCACUCUACACAUGAAUUGUGUGCUGUUGCCAAUUGUGUCUCGCAGCUUCAGGGCUGUGUUACAGGAAGGAGCCUCUCAGGGCCUCCACUAAGGACUUUUUUUAAUAAUAGAUACGGGAUUUAAAGUGAAACCAGUGAAGUAUAGCAGAACUAUCAUGGCCGAUAUUCUUGACAUAGGAAAAGAAUGCCUCCUAAUAAACAGUUUAAUGCUGGAUAAUACUUCUGCACACCCAAAACCUGAGUUUUCCAAGGUUUUAGUUUUGAUUUGGGAGUUU